AUGGCGGGCAGCAGAAAGCGAAUUCCACAAUUUAACUUUGCAACUCAUGUUUUUGACCAGUUCAAGCGGAGAAAGGUGGACAAAACCGAUGAAAUUCCGCAACAAGAAGCCAAUGUAUUAGAAAGUACUGAUUCUUCUCAAGAUCAAAACUCAAAGAAACAAGAAAUCCACAUAGUAGAAAAUGAAAGUACUAAUUCUUCUCAAGAGCAAAACUCAAAGAGCAAGAAUGAACCAGCUCCACAAAUAGACCAUUCAGAAGUUAUUAAACAUAUGAAUGAGUCAUUUAGUAAUAAAAAGGAAAAUUUACACAGUUUUUAUACUUGCAAAACAUGCACAAAGCUGAGCUACAAUGAAACACAACGUCUCAAAACAAAGGAUGAUCGAUUUCAGCAUAACUGGAUAACAGAUGAGUCCUUAACAUACUGCCAAAAAACAGGAUAUAAUUGGCUCAUCUAUAUUGAAGGUGAAGGAAUGUUUUGUCUUAUCUGUCGAAAACAUGAUUCAACAAAUUCCAUUAAUAAAGCAAAGAAAUUCAAUGCAGAACCUGGUGUAAGGUUUAAGCGAAAAGCUUUACAAGACCAUUCGAACGGCCAACAACACAAAUCUUCAGUUCUUGCUGAGUUAAUCAAAAGAAGUUCACCAUUUCUAGCUGAGCUGGAUAAAAGAGAAAGUAGUAAGCAGUCUGUCUACUACAAUGCUUUUCUUGCGAUAUAYUGGCUAGCCAAGGAGGAGAUUGCUAACUGCAAAGCUCCUAGUCUUCUCCAAGUUCUUCAACAAUUAGGACUAGACGACAUCAAAUACUUCCAACACCGUUCUGCAGGCUCCUUCAGAUCAAUAAUGUUAAUGCUAGGAGAAAAUAUUAAAUCACAAGUUGCCAAGAAGUGUGAAGAAGCAAAAUAUUUUGGAUUGCUAUGUGACGAGGUCUGUGACCUAGCUAACAAAGAACAGCUUCUAACAUUUGUAAACUAUGUUGAUAAAGAUACCCACAAAGUUUGUACAGAUUUCCUAUCUGCAACUGAUCUUCUUGAAAAGUCUGAUUCUGCUGACGCACAUACUAUAUGGAUGGCGUUAUCUAGACAACUUGAAGAUUGCAACUUGAAAAAAUCYAGUCUUUCAAGUUUUGCAAGUGAUGGUGCAUCCCCUUAG